GCACCAGUGCUGCACAUUUCUUUAUUUCUACGCGUUGAGAGUAUUUUUAAUAUAAUUUUUUUACAGUUACUAAUGGUAAUAAAAAUAUGUCAGUAAUUAUCUUGAAUAGAAAACAAAGCUGUCAGGAAAACUAAUUAAAUUGGUAAGGGACACUUGAAUACAAUCGCUCUCUGCCUAGAGGGUGACUUAUUAGUAGGGCACCCCUUGCCGACAGUGAGUGCAAUUUAACAAUUAAGCGGGAGGAUCAUUCUUUACCAGGAUUAAACAUGUAGCGAAAUGUUUGUUUGGUAAUCCUUGUGUGUGCAGACUGCUCUUUGUAAAAGCCUGGAUUUCAAAUUUUCACCUAAAUUCAAUUUGCAAUGAAUUUAUAUAUGGAAAGUUAGAUGGUUACAACAAACUAUUUCUGGUUGUAACUAGAUUGUUUUGCAUAGUUUUUCUCUACCUUGAUUAAUUUUAGAGUGGGUAAAUAAUGAUUAUGCGACAAUUUUUAAUAUAUUCUUGUUAAUGUGCUGAUGCACAAAGUCAUGAUUUAAUUAUGAUAAUUAAAGCAAAUGAUUGAGUGAGAAUUUUGAAAUAAUUAGAUCAAAGAGUUAAAGGAAUAAAUCCCUUUGUAACAUUUGGUGCAAAAUUAAAUUCUCCCUGUUUCAUAAAGGAAUCUAGGACAAUUUAAAGGGGGAAUCUAGUCCAUCAGAAGUCUUGUAAUGCAUUUUUCUAUGUACCUUUUCUACUACUUUUCAUGAUAUUGAAAGCUUCUUUUCUUUUUGGACUUGAAAUUUAUUCAUGUGAGGAUUUAUUUACCUUCUCUUUCUUCAUCACACUUAGCACGAUGGUUGCAGUAUUACUGGUUCUUACAAACCAUGAAGACAUGGGAAACACUGGGAAAAAGACUGGCUGGUAUCUUCCAGAAUUGGCUCACCCUUACCAUGUAUUCAAGGAGGCAGGGUACAGUAUGACAAUGGUCAGCCCAAAGGGAGGAAAGGCACCCUUGGUAAGUUCAAUAAAGAUUUAACUGUUGCAUAGAGCUUGCCUGUGGUGUUGAAGUCUUGAGUGGGUGGCUGUUAAUCGCGUUUUCUGUGUAUUUAGCUGCUAUCUUGGGUUCCUGAUAAACUUUCAUGGCCAAAAAAGCAAAGGAAACCAGAAUGGAAAGAGGGGUGGGGAGGGGGAGGGGGGGUUUCAAUGCGACAAAGGGUAGGAGAGAGGAGAGUGUAAAAAACAUUUUCUCACCUUAGCAUCUCUCUGUCUCUCAUCCAUCAUAAGUACACUUUUUAAUGCUUAACAUUUCCUUCCUAACCAAACAACACAGGUUUUCUCUGGUCUGGGGCACAUCCUUGCAUAGACUUUAACUCUUUCACUCCCAAAUCCAUUAGUUAUUCUCCUUACAGUCUGUCAUACAAUUUGAAUGAUUUUAGUUUGGAGAAUUAGGUAUUGGAACAAUUAGUAAUUCCCUAAUUGAUAUUUUUCUUUAUUCUCAUCACUGGUCUGCUUGAUAUUGUAUGGAUAUUGUGAGGAGAAACUCUAUCUUGGUCACUUUUAAAGGGUUAAAACAGAGAUAUAGUAUAGAUACAAAAGAGUAUACAGAUAUGUGUUAUAACUGAGUUGGAAUUAGGCAUAGAAAAUAAUAUGAAUAAACCAUCAUUAGAUAUUUUAAAAGGUUUCAUGGCUUGUCUACAAGACUUCUUUCAGCACACCCUCAAGUUAUUCAAGAGAAAACUAGUUUAUGUUGCUCAGUCAUUUCCCAAAAUUCUUUUAUUGUUUUUUAGUAUGAAAUGUGCCAAGGUAACAUUAUGUGUUUGAAUUUUAAGCUCCUAAAAAUGUAUUUAUUAGUCUAACCUGGUAAAUUUCCACACAUUGAUUCAGAGCAUUGCCAUGCAUUAGUAAAGCACUAGUCUAAAUUUUUUAAGUUAGCUGGUUCUUGUUUCUUCACUAAGGACAAGAGCAGUCUUGAUGCAUUUGCAGAGGACCCAGUCUGCAAAGAAUUCCUCAAGAGUGACGGAAUGAAAGCCACUGAAACCACUUCUACCAUUGCCUCUGUUGAUCCAGCCAAGUUUGAUGUUAUCUUUUAUGUUGGUGGUCAUGGACCAAUGUUUGAUCUAGCAGACUGUGAAGUCAGCAACAAAGCUGUGGCAACAGUUUAUGAGAAAGGAGGGAUUGUUGCUGCAGUUUGCCACGGUCCUGCUGGUACGUGAAAUAAUGAUUGCCAUACCUUUUACAAAGUUUGAGGUCUGAAAUGUCAGUUAUGGGCUGAUUUAUUUCUGCUUGGAUUUAUUGCCAAAGUGUGAAAUGAACAGACUAUAAGUUCAAGGGAGGUUCUCCAACUUUAUUUACAUUACAGACUGAGAAGGAGGGUAACAGGAUAUCUAUUAUAUCUCUGUGUUUAAAUAGAGGGGAAAGAUUUCAGUUCAGAAUUUUUGGAACUUAGUGGACGGUACAAUGAAAUACUGCCCACUUAAUCGACCAAUUAGUGUACAUACUAAGAGAUGUAAUAAAUAAUCUAUUCUAACUCUCUGCUAUGAGAAGCAGAUCUAAAUUUGAAGUGAUGGCUCCCCAUUAGUGUAAAUCUCUGUACAGUGUUUGGCCUUCAGCAAGAUCAACCAGAUUUAGCUAUAUCAGUAAAUGUUAAUCACAUAUGGAUGUGAAUGUAAGGCAAGUGAAGUCUUCAACCAUAAACCCAAUAAUUAGUUGGUAUUUGAAGAGGAAUUAGAAUUGUCCAUCACAGAAAGAUUUCAUGUUAUUCGAUUCCUCUGCAGGUAUUGUAAACACAAAGUUAUCAAAUGGUGAAUACCUUGUGAAAGGCAAGAAAGUGACAUGUUUCACUGACCAUGAAGAAGGCGUGAUGAAGCUGGUGGAAGCCAUGCCAUUUCUCUUGGAAACCAAGCUCAAAGAACAUGGUGCAGAAUUUGAAAAUGCAGAGGCAUGGCAACCUUGUGUCUCUGUCAGUGCCUGUGGGAGAGUGGCAACCGGGCAAAAUCCUGCCUCUGCAACACCCUUGGCAGAAAAAAUUGUGGAACUUUUAAAGAAGUAGAACACUUUUAACUGUUUUGGAAACCUUAUAGCAGGCUUUACUGUGUGGUUUCUUGCUAGUAGUGUAGAAUCAAUUUAUGAAUUAAUUUAAGAGGCAAGGGAAUUUCGGCUCCUGUGGACAGGUUAAUUUGUAACUUUUGGCUUCACUUCUUACUGGAAAGCAUUAAGAGGUCCUGCUGUCACUGUUAGUAUUUUGAACUU